CACCAUCCUGUAUAAUUUCUAAGGUUGCCUGAGUUUGAAAUCUCAAAUCUAUAGUAAUCUACAUAUUUUAGUAGUAUAAUUAGUUUAAUUUGACCUUAGUUUAAAUUUGUUUUUUUUUUUUGGGCAAAAUCUGGUUGGAAGUUGGAAUUACGAUUCCAGAGAUAAAUGGCUAAUCCCACAGUUUCUCUUUCUCCUUGUAUACUGACAUGAACAACUAUAACGCCACGAAUCUUUCUUCUCCUUUUGAUUCUUUCACAAGAAAGCCUCACCGCAUUGAAGGGCUUGCACCUUCCCGGAGAUGUUUUCGCUCGUGGGUUGCGCGUUCCUUUCUGGGGUUUUCCUGGGAAUCGUCGCCCUCCUGGCGGCGGAAGCUGCGGGAUUCAUGUAUCUUCUGAAGCGAUUGAAUCGGAAGAGAGAUCAUCAGCUUGCGUCAAAAUCCGGCUCUGAUCCAUCUACCGAGGAUUCUAACCCUCGCGAAUCCACCGAUUUCCCUCUCAACAAACAGGGAGUGAUCUGGAUUUUGGAGUUGGAUGAAGGUCUAAAGAACUGGAUGAAGGAAAAAUUAACAAAAGAGCAGAAGAAGAAGAGAGACUUCUUGGAGAUUCAUCCUCUUCGAAAAUUCGCUCGAAUCAAAGAUCACAAGCUGAUCGUGUCAGAUGCUGAUGGCACUUUGACUACGGUUUCUUUGAAAUGUUGCUCUAUUGAGGCUGUUUCAGGGUCUGAUCUCCCUACAAGAAAAUGGGCCAAAAGAUUUCCUAUAAAAGUUGGAAGCAAGAUUUCUUCACCCUUAUACAAGGGAGGUCAGGUGUUUUACAUCUAUCUCGAGACGUCCUGGGAAAAGGAAUCAUGGUGCAAAGCCCUUCGUCUUGCUGCUUGCGAAAAUCAGGAAAGGUUUAUUUGGUACUCCACCAAAUUGCAAGAAGAGUUCCGUAGUUACGUGACGUCUCUUAAUGUUGCAUACCCUUCUUUCAUGAAACCAUCGCUUGGGUUUAGUUUUGAGACACUUGACAAAGGGAACAGAACGGAUGGCUCUUCCUCAAAGGUGCGCUUGUUCUUGAAGAAAUUUUCGAGAAAGCGAUCAAAUCGUGAAGACAGGAAAACCUCUGCCCGUUCUUAUCAAGAUUCACAACAUGGAAGUAGCUCAGGGAAGAGCAUCUCAGGAAAGAAGAUGGGUGAUCAUAUCACAGAUGAAACUGAUGUGCCUAUAUUUUCACGUUCUGUGAGCCAUAGCAGUCAUAUGUCUGGGGUUUCAGAUGGAGACUGUGAAGAUAAGUUUGACAUGGAUGAAGGAACAUUGGCGUGGAAUAUACUUAUUUCUAGGCUUUUUUUCGAUCUCAAACGGAAUACAGGAGUGAAGAAUUCUGUGCAAGCACGAAUCCAGCGGUUGUUAUCCAACAUGAGGACUCCGAGCUAUAUAGGCGAAUUAAUCUGCUCCGAUGUUGACACUGGAAGUCUCCCACCUCAUAUACAUGGUACUCGGGUUCUUCCAAUGGAGAUGAGUGGUGUGUGGGCAUUCGAACUAGAUAUUGAAUACUCUGGUGAAGCGGUGAUUGACGUUGAAACACGGGUUGACAUCCGUGAGGUGGAUCUGCAGAAAGGCAUAUCCGACACAAGGUUGCAGCCAAGUUCUGCAGGGGAAGUCUCGUCAAAUUCCGUUGAAGAUUUUGAAAAGCAAUUUGUCAUCCCUGUGGACACUGUUGAUGCAGGACAUGAUGAUACUUUUCGACUGAAUUUUCUUACCAUUUUUUUGUUGAUUGCAGAUGAAUCUAGGGGCUCAAAAGGAACGAAAGCGUCUCCAAAUGGUGUAUCCAGGUGGAAGUCUAUUCUUAAAAGCAUUGCUGAACAAGUUUCCCAGGUGCCCAUCUCUUUGUCAAUACGGGUGUCCUCUCUUCGAGGGACACUGCGGGUACACAUGAAGCCGCCUCCUUCUGAUCAAUUAUGGUUUGGAUUCACGAGCAUGCCCGAUAUACAAUUUGAUCUCGCAUCUUCUGUUGGGGAACACAAAAUCACCAACAGCCAUGUUGCAAUGUUCUUGAUCAACCGGUUUAAGACGGCAAUACGAGAAGCGGUGGUUCUUCCAAACUGUGAAAGCCUAACGAUUCCUUGGAUGAUUGCUGAAAAAGAUGAUUGGGUUCAACGCAAAGCCGCUCCAUUCAUGUGGCUUAAUCAAGAAAGCGAUCACAAUAGCUCCCAGGCAACAGACGCGAGAUCUAAAUCUGACAAGCCACCGACUUCUUCCUCCUGUGUCCAGUCUGAGCAAAUGCAGAAAACUGCAAACGCCACCCAGAAGCCGAUAAUUUCUGAAGCACGGACUCUGUCUUCUUCCUCCUGUGCUCAGUCUGAGAAAGUGCAGGAAGCUGCCGAUGCCGUCCCGAAACCGAAUACUGAAGCAGAGACUGUGUCUACGCCAUUGCCAAAUUCUUCAACUGUAACAGUUGAGAGUGACAAAUCCUUGGAAGACCUGAGAACUCCCUUACUGCUGCCAAGCAGCAGUGAAAAGCAGGAGACGAACUCAAGAGGCAGUACCGGAGAGAUGACGGUUGUUCAAUCACCAUCUAGGUCGAUCCUAUCAAGAGAAGAAGAUGAUUCAAGGGGAAAGAAACUGGGAAGAAGAGCAAGGAUGUUUGAUCUUGGGAAGAAAAUGGGGGAGAAGUUGGAGGAGAAGAGGCGUCACAUGGAGGAAAAGAGUAGACAAAUUGUUGAAAAGAUGAGAGGACCUUCUCAAAACGAGAGGGGAGAAGCUGUUGCAGGUUCCUCGUACAAAAAUUGAUUUAUAGAAACAGAGGAAGUUGGGCAUUGUUACAUGUACAGCACCUUGACAGAAAGCCAUCGAUGUCCGCGUUUUUAUCCGAUAUUUGACCAAUUUUUGUGUGAAAAUGUUUAUUGUUUGUUCUAAUAGAUACAAUACAAGAAACCACGUACUGGUCUGGACUCAAUUAUACAUAGGAAGUUGCAGGAAACAAACCAAAGAGAAACACAACAACACAAUCAAAACAGAGAUUAUUGAUACAUAGAGAGAACCUUGAACAUGAAGCUUGGUCCGGUCUAGUAAUCUUCCGGAGCCAAUGGCUGGUGGGUACUGUGGUGAGGAGCCUCGUUAACGCUGGGGAUGACCAUGUACUCAUAGAUGAGUCCGGCCAGUGCACCACCAAUGAAGGGCCCAACCCAAUAGAUCCAAUGGUUAUGCCACCUCCAUCCCACUAAUGCUGGACCAAAGGCUCUAGCCGGAUUCAUUGAUGCUCCAUCGAAUGGUCCUCCUACCAAAAUGUUUGCCCCGACUAUGAGCCCGAUAGCUAGCGGCGCUAUGAUCCCAAUACUCCCUCUCUUUGGAUCGAUUGCGGUUGAGUAGACCACAUAAACCAAGGCAAAUUAUACGAUUAGAUCUAAUAAGUAUGUCAAACCGAUCAUAUAUGUAAUAGUACAUAGAGAGUGAUGAGAAGUGAUAUACCAAGCCAUUAGUGGUAAGCCUCAACAAGAGACAAGCGAGGAUAGCACCAAGAAGCUGAGCAAUCCAAUAGUAGACUGCUCGGAUCACUGAAAUCCUGCCUCCAAUUAGAGCAGCAAAAGUAACCGCCGGGUUCACGUGCCCACCAGAGAUAUUGAUAGCCGCCGAAACAGCUGCAAACAGGGCCAAUGCAUGCGCUAACGCCACCAGAACUAACCCUCCGGGCGUGUUUGUCCCCGUGUGAGCCGCCGUGUAGAAAUUACUACGAACCUAGAGCGAGGAAUGAGCCUUCUCCAGCAAAGACGAAGACGAAAGUGGAAAGAAACUCGGCCAAAGUGGCUCUAAUGGAGUCCGGGUGCGUCGCCUCGUCAGCUCUGCCGAAUCCGUAUGCUCUUCUAGCAGAUGUUGCCAUUUAGAUCCCUAAUUUAAAUGACAAUAAUCAGAGCUCUCGGUGAUGGAUGAAGAAGAAGAAGAGACCAAGGAAGAAAAGGCAAGAGAAGAAGAAUUGAAAGAGGGAGAUCUUAAAAGAAGCCAAGCAGAAGUAAUC